GAAGAUUGACCUUUUAGGCGCGCCACGCUAUGUUGUGAUGUGGCAGUGAAGACACAAAUUUCUCCCGUUUUUUCCUCCAUUUUACCGCCGUUUCAGACAUGAGUGUGGGGUUUAUAGGAGCAGGCCGGCUGGCCAUGGCCAUGGCGAAGGGAUUUAUACGUGCAGGGGCUGUGCCUGCUGAGAACAUCUUUGCUUCUGCCCCAGACAACCUGGUCGGAAGGGCAGAGUUGAGAAACAUCAAGGAGCUUGGCAUCCAUGUCACCCAUAGCAACACAGCGCUAGUGUCGCAGUCCGACGUUGUAUUCCUGGCGAUAAAAGCGAACGUUGUGAAGAACGUGCUGGAGGAGAUCUCGCCCUUCGUCACCCAGCGACACCUUUUCGUCACCCCCAUGGCCGGAAUCACCAUCAAGUCCGUUGAAGAGGCCUUACCUGCUGAAACAAGGGUGAUCCGGAUGAUGCCUAACACCCCCCUGGUGGUCGGGGAGGGGGCGACGGUCUACGCUCGCGGCGAGCACGCCACCAAACACGACGGAGAGAUGGUGGAGGUCCUACUGUCCAACGUCGGCUGGUGUUUCGAGGGGAAAGAAGAGUACAUGGACGCCGUGACUGGUUUAAGUGGAAGUGGCCCUGCCUAUGUGUUCCUGUCCAUUGAUGCCCUGGCCACAGGUGGGGUGAAGAUGGGACUGUCUAGACAGGAGUCUCUCAGGGUCGCAGCAGAAACCAUUCAGGCUGCUGCCAAGCGAGUUCUGGAGACCGGUGCCCAUCCCAGCAUGCUGAAGGAUGAGGUCUGUUCCAACAACAUCCUCGGCCAAUCAGCACUCUCCGCCAUUCACAAGAUGGAGGCUGGAGGUUUCCGUGCCCUUCUCAUGGAUGCAGUAGAGGCCGGAGAGGACCGUACCAAGGAGCUGAGGAGAAUGGGGGAGGUCAAGAACCACGUGGAGGACUGAAAAACACAGGGCUAUACCAAAAAUAUUUUAUGGGGGUGGUCCAGCAGGAAUUGACAUCUUUUUCUCACAGAAUAUCCUUCAAAUGAGUCUUUUCCCCUAGCAAAAUACUGUAUUUGGUAUGACCCCAGUAUUGCAUAAUGGGAAGAUAUAAGAAACUAUCAGAGGAUGGUUUUUGAAGAUGGCAACAAAUUUCCAGCUUUUAUGCUUGGUAAACUACUGGUCUAACGAUCCAACUAUUGAACACCUUUAUCUAGUGCAUUUAUUGAAACACCUUUCCAAAGUUUGGGUAUUUUUAGUUUAUAAGACACCUUUAGAGGAGCUGGAUAUUUUACAAUAUUUCUAUAUUCUAUUGAAUUGAUUUGAUAUUUUAGAUUUAGUCCUGGUCAACAGAUUGUGGUAAAAAUGGAAAAAGAAUUGUACAGUUCAUAGUAGGAGAUGUGGCACAUUGGCAACAUCUGUCCACAUCAGUGUUUAGACACAGUAUCAACGAUUAGUCAAAAGGCCUUUACUCCACUAUACAGUGAGGAAAGUCAUGUAAUGUGCCUUUCACCAGGACACAACAUUGGGCAUGUCUGGGGAUCGAACCCGGGACUUCUUGGUUCCAACCCAAAUGUCUAGAUGAUUAUGCUACAUGAUUCGAAAUUAGAAAAAGGAUCAUCUUGUAUCUCAUUGGAAGGAAAAGUACUACUCCCUACCUUGAACUGUUACUAAUAAGUUUAUACAAAGUUUUAGUUUUAUUUAAGAAGUUUAUUAAAAGUUUUAGUUUUCUUUAGGAAAAGGUCUUCCAAUUAUUUAAGGGUCAAAAGAACUUUCAUUUUAUCUAAUUUUGCUGUCAUAUUUGAUGUCAUCUUGCUGCUGAUGUAGCCCUUUGGCAACAUAUGACAUUUGUUAAAGUGUUAGGCAGCAGGAAGAUAAGGAAUAGAAGGUUAAAAAGGUACAUGUAGUCAAUAGCAUUUCUGUUCAUUUGUGAUAGCAGCCUCAAACUCUAUCUGAAUUUUUGCUUGCUUGUGUUGUCAGUAACACGUCUACUUCUCCUAUAAUUUUAAGUUAACUGUCUU